CGAAAAAGCCCGGAGAAGAUAACCAUCUGCAGAAGAGAGGCCGAGGGUUAAAAAUGGAAAUUCCUCUCUCUACCAAGGUGCCGUUUGGGUAAAUCGAAAAAUAAUUCAAGAAAACGAUGUGAAAAAGGCGUCCCACUGGCCACCGACUUAUGAUUUACCACUCACCUCUCGCCACCACAGUCCCCCAUUUCCUUCCGCCUUUUCCGUUUCCAAACGCCACCUGUCCCCUCCGCUUCCCCGCCGCCGCGCCUCCUCGCCACCACCGCCGUCCCCAUUUCCCCCUCUAUAUAUACUCGCUUCCUUUCUAAACCCUAGCCCAUUUUCUCAUUACUACUAGCAGCCACUCUCGCUCUCUCCCACUUCCAAAUUCUCUGUUUCUUGAAAACAAUGGCGUCUUCUUCUUCUUCUUCUUCUUCUUCUUCCUCCAACCUUGCUUUCUUCCUCCUCUCCCUUCUAAUCUCGAGCUCGGUCGCCAAUGCAGCCCACCACAAGGCCGCAGCGGCGCCGGCCCCCGCCGCGGACUGCUCCACGGUGGUGAUGUCGCUCAGCGACUGCUUGACCUUCGUGGAGAACGGGAGCACCACCACCAAGCCGGAGGGGGCUUGCUGCUCCGGCCUCGAGACCGUGCUGAAGACAAACGCCGAUUGUCUCUGCCAGGCUUUCAAGAGCAGCGCACAGAUGGGGAUUCCGCUCAACGUCACCAAAGCUCUAACCCUUCCUUCCGCUUGCAAGCUCAAAACUCCCCCGAUGUCCAGCUGCCAGCUGUCCAUGGCUCCCGCUGGUGCUCCUGUUGCAGUAGGAGGAUCAACCGCACUGCCACCAAGCGAGAUGACAGAAUCAGCUCCAGCUCCAUCCCCUGUUGGCGGCGCUCCGCCAUCCAACUCUGCUCAUGCUGUUGCUGUUUCCGGCGUCUUCUCAGUUGGAUCUCUAGUGGCGGCGAUGGCAACCCUCGCAGUUGCUUCAUUCUACUAGAGUAGCAGAUUCUGGACCGGGGUUUAUUUUCCAGUAGUAGAACUUCGUUAUAGAUAUGUUUAUCAUAUAUGUUUUAGAUCUUUCUACAUAGUUUGCGAGUAUGAGAGGGUUGUUCUGGCUUGGCACAUUUUGUUCUUCCUAAUGAGAUGAUUAUAUUUAUUGUGACUUGUCUGUUGCCUAAUUGGGGUUCAUCGUUCUUGUUGUGUUCGUCUUGUGGCUAUGAGAUUGCGUUGAUUUGUGCUCGAUUUCGUUUCAUUUGUGGACGGUGGAAGUUGGGUUGGUUUUGCUGUGAAAGCGUGUAAUUGAAUUGAAUGAUGAAAAGGGGAAACUUUUUACAGACGGGGAAUGUGGAGUUUCGCAGACUCCCCCAAGUAGCAUUCUUGCAGUUCUUAGUUCUUGGCAAGUUUUUGGGUUGCUCUAAUAGGCAAUGUUGAAUCAUUUCUCUCCUUAGUGCGGCCUGCCUUUUGUUAUUGUUCUUUCUUUUCACAUUAGCACGCCUCAUUCACCCAAGUUCAUUGACCCAAUUUGGUGCUUAUUCACGUAAAAGUAGGUGCUUCAAUAAUGAUUGAUCAAAGACGGACAAUGUGAACAUACCGAGUAUUGGAUCGUGAAAUGCCUAAUCGGACAUGAAAUAUUGUGAUUGUUCUUCCUUUUCACAUUAGCACGCCUCAUUCACCAAAGUUCAUUUGACUCAAUUUGGUGCUUAUUCACGCAAAAGUUGGUGCUUCCAUAAUGCUCGAUCAAAGACGGACAAAGUGAACAUACCGAGUAUUGGAUCGUGAAUUGCCUAAUCGGACAUGAAAUAUUGUGAACACGUAGUUGUACCAAGGUGCGGUUAAAGUUGUGAAUCGGAUUCGAUAUGAACACGAACUUGCACCAGAGACCAUAAGCACCAUGGCGGUUUCGCUAGAUUCUUUGAAGCCAUGAAACCUGGCUCCAUCCUUGUUUUCUUCUUUCUACUUUUCGUUCAUGCACUAGUGAUUAGUGAAGAUCAGCCAUGGAUUGGUUGAUAUGACCAUCGAACCUAAUCCAUCGGCGGAUGGAUUUUGCGAAUCGGAUACGAAUAACUAGAAGCAGAGAUUAUGAGGAUAUCUCUCUCUCUCUCUUCCCAUGGAGUAAGGAUAUGAGGAUGAGGAGAAUCUGUACCGUUUUUACUAAUCUGAUUUCCAAAAUUAGAAUCCACUGAUAUCUUGGUUGCAUGCAUAUCAGCAUAUAAUUGUGUUUAUUACUCCACGUGGCGAAUGGAUCACCAUGAAGAAAAAAUAAAUAGGCGAAUGACUUUCUUUACCUUACAUUAAUCAAGGUAAGGGUGUUGCGUUCGAGUGCUAAUAAUGUAGUUUCCAAUUCAGUGUUUAUCAAACCGUUGGUUCGAUCCGAAAAAUUUAUAAUCAAAGGCAAGUUUUAAGGGUCUAAAACAAUCGAACAAAAUUAAAUUAUGGUUUGAAGACAAAAUAUCUAUACUUCUCACUUAUUACAGUACAACCUCCGACAUGAUUUUACAAUAACUGAGUUUCAUACUUUUACUAUUAAAUGUCUAUAUCAAUCUUAUAUUAUAGUUUGCAACAUAAGGGUUAAUACCUUAUUUUGGACCAAACUAUGACCAUAUAAUCAACUUUGCCCACGUGGUUUCAGAAAUUCACAUUCUGGCUUUAACUAUGCAACAUAUUGACUCGAUUGGCCCGACACGUGGUUUGACCGUCAAUUUGGACGGUUAACGCCUUUGACUGUUAGUCAACACGCCAUGUCAUUGUCCAGUCAGCGUAAAAAUCAAUUAAAAUUUUCAAAUUCAAAUUAUUUUCUUAAUUUAUAUUAUUUAUUAUUUUCAAAUUAACAAAAAAAAAUUAAAAAAUUUGUUAAUUUUUGGUUAAUUAAUAAAAAUUUUCAUUUCCA